AUGGCUACAAUUUCUAAGGAAUUCCCCAACAUACAGAUAUCCCAUCUUGACAGCCGCGCGCACUCAUACCGCUAUAAGCAAGCACAGUUCCACCGCCUAUAUGAUAUUUUGACUAAAUCAUCAAGCACGCUGAAGCUGGCAAUACAAGCUGACUCUGUAUUGACCUCAAUGGAAGCUGAUUUCGAAUUUGCCAGCACGCUCUUAGAGCUUCGCACUCAUUACGACUCUCUUGAUCUAGAGAAAGACCUAAGGGCGGCGCGAAAAGUGGAAUUGGGCCUCGACAAUAUCGAGAGAACACGGCCAGUCGGCAUUGUCUACAUCAUUCCGUCAAAAUCGAGUCUGGCCUUCUCGGUUCUCUCGGCCUUGGGUGCUGCAAUAGCUGCAGGCGCUUGUGCUAUUGUAGAGCUACCCCAGACGCUGACACAAACUUCUGCGGCAUUGAGGAAGAUUUUGACUGAUUCUCUGGACUAUGACACGUUCGCUCUCUCAAGUUCUAGACCAACGUCUGAUUUUACCAGAAAGUGUCUUCUUGUCAAUCAGACAGAGGAGGUGAUCAAUCCGUUAGAAUGGGCACAGGUCCUUUCCUCCCCAUCUGUCGCAGGGACGGUGGCAGUGGUAGACCGCACGGCUAAUCUCUCAGAAGCUACGCAAGCUGUUGCUGAGGCGACCUUUGGUUUCAGCGGCGGGUCUGCUUACGCACCUCAGCUUGUUCUCGUGAAUGAGUUUGUGGCGGAGCCAUUUCUGUCAGAGCUUGUGUCAAAGUUCGCACGCGACCUGGGCACAACGUACCAGAAGCCAAAUGGUCAUAUGAGCAGGCUACAGGAAGCUCCAAAAGAGUCAUCGAAAUUCGAUAACUUGAAAACUGUGGUCUCUGGAUCUAAGGGUGACAUUGUUGAAAUACUGGAUCGGUGUACUCCUUUCUUUGAAAGGAAAACUCCUGAACGAACGAUAUUGGUUCAUCGUAUCAGCAGUCUUGAUGAUGCACUUAACGUUUUGAAAAGCCAACAGCUGGCUGCCAUUUUUCUCUUCGCGGGCCUACCCCAGGCGAACUAUCUUUCGCGGUUCAUCAAUGCUGAUCUUUGCACGAUAAAUCACAUUCCAAUGGAAUUGCUCGUUGGGCCUGUCGCUCCCAGACAUCCUAGUUUGCCUUCUACCUCGUCUCCCCGUUAUGCGUCAGCCAUGUUCACUAUGCCAGCUCCACAAUAUCUACCAAAACCCCACUCUGCACAGUCCUUGACCAAUCUGAAGGACCAGGAGCUUCUCCGCAAGCUCAGAGACACGGCCAUGCAGCCAUUGUUGCCCAUCGUGCGAAAGAGCGGCCACCAACUCAAUUUUUUUGGCCAAGCCAUCUUUCUGGGCUUUGGUAUGGCGGUUACAAGCAUCAUUGGUGUUAGUAUUGGAGGUCUAUACCUUGUGCUCCGGCAGUAUCGUGUCAGGUGA